AUAUUGACAGCGAGGUUUCCCCCGCUCUCUCAUCGGGCUGAAUCACACGACACUGCCGAUGCGGCGAAGCAGCCCCCGAUAAAGGACAGAAAGCGCCGCACGUGACAGCGUAUAACCGGCGCUUCACAGCGAUCGACGGUGAGCCGAUAGCCGUUAUCGAUAUGCCGUUCGAAUCGCUGCACCAGCAGCAGAGCGUCCGGCGUCAGAAGGAAGCGACUGCUCCAACGCCCAACGCUACGACUGGGCCAACCGGAGGGACGACAUGUCUACGGCAAAGACCCGGAGAACGAGGCCGGCAACCUCGGCCGCCUGCGACAUCACUCCGCCGAGAUUCAUGAGAUGGAACAGCGGCUACAGCAAGUGGUUCGACCGAGGCUCUCCCGAGAAGUCCCUAUCUUCCUUCGAAAUAGAUGACGCGUCAUUCCUGGAGUGCCUCGUAAACGACGUGGGCAGCCCGGACGACAGCCUCCGGCGACCCUUUCUGGCCAGGACUCCCCCCAAGCCCGAAGUGGUGGUCUGCGCCGCCCUGACCUCGUCGACGUCAGCCCCCCAGAGGUCGAAGAAGAAAGUGACGUUCGCCUCUUCCGACGCAGCGGCGGCGAAGGCCAUGGCUAGCUCGAUGCCAGACCUUCUGGAACCACCGGUGCCAGCAGCGCCGCGAGUGGAAGUGGAAGAACAACCGGAAUCCAAGCCGAGGGCCAGGAACUCGUUCGUGUUCUCGGCCUUUAGCAAGAUGCCGUUUUCGUCGACAAAGCGUAGUGGUUCGUGUGCGGAAAUCACGCCGUCUAAUGUCGACCAGCGAUGAACGACCAUUUUGUGAACGUCACAGUAUCCGUGUACAUACAAAUAAGGCGUGCCCAGUGGGACUUCAAGACGUGUACGAUUUUCGUUACUAUUGUUCAUAACAAAAGAAUAAAUGCAAGCUUUACUCGCAGACGCUGGGCACGCUUGUCACUCACCUAUAUGUGUCAGAGGGUCACGCAAUUUUUGUACCUUUGUAAGCAUAAGUGCCUUUUCCUGCGCUAAUGUAAGUAUCACGUAUGUCAAAAACUAAAAGUUCGCCGUUGGUAACCUGAAUAUGUACUCUGGCUAAAGAGUGAUGUCAGAAUUUCUGAUAAAAUUUGCCAGAACGUUCAUGUUUUUGGCUUCAAAGCGACAAGCCUGUUUCUGUCUGGGUACACCUAUAGAACCCUUUAAUAAUUACUAGAGAGAACGGCAUAGCAGUGCGAUCUUCCGGCUGGCAUGAGAACGACGGUUAGUACAUCAAUUUGCCUGAUCUUCGUGCGUGUGUCUUCGACCGCAUCUGUGACUGUUUAUUGUUGUGUUUUGACGUUUGGAUAAAUGAAUGAAUUGUUGA